ACAUGUGGCCCCUAAACCCCCCACGCACAAACCUCUUUCAACAGUUCUACUUCCUCCGCAAGUCGCCGGACCCCGCCGCCGGCCGCGAUGGGUAGCAGGGUGGCCGCGGCGCUGCUCCGGCGGGGCAGGGACCAGGCAUCCGCCCUGCUGAUGCCUCGUCUGCCGAGGAACGCCCCUGCUCCGGCCCCAACGCCUAGGGUUGGAUCCGCCUCCUCCUCCUCCUGCGGCGGCGGCGGUGGCGGAAGCUGCCUCCUCCCGCCGAGGCCGGGGCCAGCGGGGGCCUUCUCUCCGGCUUCCCGGUUCGGCUCCUUCUACGCCUUCCGAUCCCUCGCCCCCAAGGUCAUGUUUGGCCAAUGCACAAGGAGAAUGUCAACUACCGCGGCAACACUGAACUCAGCUGCGGCCAGUGGAGCAGCAAAUUCAGGAUUGAAGCUACUUGUUACGAAAGGGCCUCAAGCACAGAAGGCAGUCGGGAUAUGGCUCUUUGGGUGUGCUGCCUGGGUGUUCAGCUUGGUCAUACUCGGAGGGAUUACUCGGCUCACACGUUCUGGGCUGUCAAUGACUGACUGGAAGUUCACAGGGGAAAUACCUCCAAUUACAGACGAUGCAUGGCAGCUGGAAUUUGAGAAAUACAAGCAAUCACCUGAGUACAAGAGGGUGAACAAAGGAAUGAGCCUUGAAGAUUUCAAAUUUAUAUACUGGAUGGAGUAUGCACACAGAAUGUGGGGAAGAGCUUUGGGCUUUGUAUUUGCAGGUCCUUUUGCAUACUUCAUCGCAAAAGGUUAUGUUACCCGCCAACUUGGGCUCAGGCUGUCGGCUCUUUUUGCACUUGGUGGUGCACAAGGACUCAUUGGCUGGUGGAUGGUGAAAAGUGGCCUUGAGGAACCAACAUCGGAGUAUGUUCAACCAAGGGUUAGCCCUUACAGGCUGGCAACUCACCUGACAUCUGCAUUUGUUAUAUACUGUGGUAUAUUGUGGACUGCUUUAUCAGUAGUGAUGCCUGAUCCUCCAACCGGAUCAAUGAGUUGGGUAAAUGGUGCAGCAAAAAUCAGAAAGUUGGCAAUUCCUGUCAGUGCUGUUGUAGGCAUUACUGCAAUAUCUGGAGCAUUUGUUGCAGGCAAUGAUGCAGGGCACGCAUACAAUUCAUUCCCAAAGAUGGGUGACAGUUGGAUUCCUGAAGAUGUAUUUAGCAUGGAGCCUUUCAUACGCAAUUUUUUUGAGAAUACAUCUACAGUACAGCUCAAUCACCGAAUUCUCGCAACAAGCACAUUACUCUCUGUGGGUGGAUUAUGGUUGGCUGCAAGGAAAAUAGACAUGCAUCCAGCAGUCAAGUCGCUGAUCGGAAGCACACUUGGGAUGGCUGCUCUCCAGGUUACAUUGGGCAUAUCUACACUAUUGAUGUAUGUUCCAACCUCUUUGGGCUCAGCGCACCAAGCUGGAGCAUUGACUCUAUUGUCACUUAUGAUCCUUCUCACUCACACGCUAAGAAGGCCGUCACCAGCUCUUCUUAAAUCAAUCGCAACUGCUGUGAAAUCAACCUGAUACUAUGCCUUGAAUUUUUCCACCCUACAGUUACGGGUUGAUUUUCCUUUCCCCAUCCUAACAUGCAAUGGUGCCCGUGUUUCUUUGCAUCAACUAACUAGUGUAGCAUUUUGGAAUUGCUGGAAAAGCAUGCAGCUCUUGAAUAAAGGGUCCUCAAUGUUUUCUAGUGCCAAGUGUUAGAAAUCUUUCCUACCCUUCUUUUAAUUGCUAGAUUACAUUUUUUGGCACAGCUGUGUGCACUUCUUGUAUCCAUAGAAGAGGAUGAAUUUGUACCGAGAAAUUAUACACAAGCUUUGGUUCCUUUCUUCCCCGCAAAAGAAAAAGGCUCUGUUUCCUUUCUGUUCUUAUGAAUAAACCAGAUGCUAAAGAAGAAGAAAAAAUGCUCUGUUUC